GCUCCCCGCUGUCGUCUCCUCUCCAUGGCCAGCGCGGGGCUGCAGCUGGUGGGCUACUUCAUGGCUCUGGCCGGCUUCGUGGGCUCCAUCUGCUCGUCGGCGCUGCCCCAGUGGAAGCAGAGCUCGUACGCCGGGGACGCCAUCAUCACGGCCGUCGGGCUGUACGAGGGCCUCUGGAUGAGUUGCGCCUCGCAGAGCACCGGGCAGGUCCAGUGCAAGCUCCACGAGUCGCUGCUCUCGCUCGACGUUCAUAUCCAGACUUCCCGGGCACUCAUGGUGGUCUCCAUCCUCCUGGGCUUCGUGGGGGCUGUUGUCAGCGUGAUCGGAAUGAAAUGCACCAAAGUCGGAGACGAGAAUCCCGUGGUGAAAAGCUGGAUCGCUGUGUUGGGGGGUGUCUUCUUCCUACUAGCAGGUCUGUGCACUAUGACAGCUGUUUCGUGGUAUGCAGCACGGGUGACAUACGAGUUUUUCAAUCCCAGCACGCCGGUUAAUGCCAGGUAUGAAUUUGGACCUGCUCUCUUUGUGGGGUGGUCAGCAGGCAGCCUGACUGUGCUGGGAGGAGCCUUCCUGUCCUGCUCCUGCCCCAAACCGGAAGAGAGAGGGCAGCAGUACUACCGGCAGUCGCAGCCUUCCACGGCUAGAGAAUUCAUGCACAAGAAGGGAUUUGGAACGUCUCCCCCACCCACAGCUCUGCAAAAUGGCAUCACAGAUGGGCCCGUGUGAGCGGUGGGAAGGGGGUCCCAACCUCGUGAUAUGUUUCCCACCCACCUGCUGUGUAUCUGCGGGGGCUUGAAACUAACAGCCCUCUUUUUAUUUCCCCUUCAUUUUUCAGGCCCCCUGUAAAAAGGGGAGAUCAGUCCGUGUAAUGCCUUCGGGGGGAAGAGAGAGACAUGGUUCUGGGCCUGAGCUUUUCAAUCCAAGAGACCAAAGUGACUAUAGCGAUGACAUUAAAAAAAAAAAA